CUUACGAGUAAGACGUCGAAGGAAAAAAAUUUAAGUUGCAGAAAGUUCUAGAAAUUUCUCGAAGGAACUGACGGAGAAAGUGAAAACAACAGUGAUAAAUAGUCAAUAGUAUCUUAAGGAUUUUUUACAAUAAAGUUUAAGUGAAUUAAAUUAAGAAUUAUAUAUGAUGACAACAUCAUUGACAAGUGCCGAAAAGAAGUAAAAGUUAGUCUUUGACGCAGUGUAGAAUCAUAAUUUUGGUCUUACAAAAGAAAAAAUAUAUUUUGAGUAUAAAAAGAUUAUAAUCAGUGCUAGAUUACAAUGCAUCCAAUAGAGAGCAGUGGAACCUCAUCCGUUCCAGCAUUUUUAGCAAAGUUAUGGCGAUUAGUCGAGGAGCAAGAGACGAAUUCCUUAAUUUCUUGGUCACAGGAUGGCAAGAGCUUCAUCAUUCAGAACCAAGCGAAAUUCGCCAAAGAUCUCCUUCCAUUAAACUAUAAACACAAUAACAUGGCGAGCUUUAUUAGACAGCUUAAUAUGUAUGGCUUUCACAAGAUUACAUCUAUUGAUAAUGGUGGACUAAAGUUUGAUAAAGAUGAGAUGGAAUUUUCUCAUCCAUAUUUCCAAAAAGGUCAUCCAUACUUGUUAGAGCAUAUUAAGAGAAAGAUCGCCAAUCCAAAACAUAAUGAAGCAGAAAAAACGGCAGCAACAAAAGCUGAGCAUUUCAAUAGAGUAUUACAUGAAGUUAAGAAUAUGCGUGGACGACAGGAUUCUUUAGAUACACGUUUCAGUGCUAUGAAACAGGAGAAUGAAGCAUUAUGGCGUGAAGUUGCCAUUUUACGACAAAAACACAUGAAACAACAACAGAUUGUCAACAAACUCAUUCAAUUCUUGGUCACGUUAGUUCAACCACAAAGAUCCGGUCUUGGAAAUAGUCUCGGAAAGAGACGCUUCCAAUUGAUGAUUAACGACGCACCACAAUCAAAAGUCAAAAAGUCAAAUCAAACGGGCCCAAUUAUUAGCGAGUUACUAGAACAAUGUGAUUCCGAUAUGGAUACAGACGAAUUCAAUUUCACGAAUGUCCAAUCGCCUGGAUCAUCAUCAAGCAAGGAUUUUGAUAAUAGUGCGGGAUCUUCAGAAGGAUUAAACUUUGAUGAUAUUGAUGAAAUUGAUACAAACAGUAUGGCUAUUUAUAACGGCGUUCAAGCUGUUAAAAAGGAUAGACGCUCAAAAACCAAUAAUUUUACAGGUAAAUUGGAACCAACGAGGUCGACAAAUCAACAAAAGCAUUUCAAAAUCGAAAAUAAUGAGCCAGUUAUUGUCUCACCGAAUCCAUCACCAGGAAAGAGCUUACUACUAUCAAUGGCUGAAAAUUCCAAUAACGAAACUGAUCAAAAUAUCAUGAUUGAUAUGCUAAACGAUGAAGAAGUUGAGUUAUCUGGUGAUAAAUUGAAUGGCAACGGAAAUGGUGCAAGCUCAACUAUCACGAGCCUGGAUCCUUUGGUUGCACAAAACACUCUCGAUUUCGAUCAUACAUCUCAAGAUGUACACAUUCUCGGAAAUAACGAUGACGACGACGACAUUUUUGAAUUUGCUGAAAAGAAGGACGAAACAGUUGAUCCGAAUGCCUUAAAAGUUGUUAAAUUUAAUCCUCCACAUGUUGAAGAUAUCAUAAAUCUGCAAUCGAGUAACGAUUAUACAACACAUAUAGAUAAUGUACAAAACGAUUUGAAUUCUUUGAAGGACUUAUUGAGCAAUGAUGCUUAUCAGCUUGAUGCAAAUCAAUUAUUAGGGAUGCCGCAGAUGCAUCAGAAUGGCAACUCAAAUAUGAAUGUUAAUAUGUCAUUCGGGAGUUAUGAUAUGGAAACAAUCGCUAAGAGUGCUGAUGUAGAAGCCCUGCAGAUGAUGUCAUAUGAAUUGUUUGGCAACGAAGAUAUCAUUGGAUACGAAUUGCCAUCCAAUAUGGAACUUUUCGAGGAUGUCAAGAAAGAUGGUCGUACUGGAAGAUCUGAGCUGCUAGAAUAUCAGCCAUUCAAUAACAAUUUAGACUUGAAUGAGCUUUUACAAAAUGUUGGCGAUGGUUUAGAACCAGAAAAAGUUUAAAGGAUUCAACAAAAGUUUUUGCGGAGGAUGAGGUCCAAAUGAAAUGAACUGAUUCACUGUUUUUAUCAUAACACAAUAUCUUUGGAAGAACGAACAAUAAUCCUUUAAUGGAAUCACAUUUUCUUUCUUUAUUUUUAACAUGUUUUUUUUUUUGAUAACAUAUUAAUUUUGCUUUAUGAGAAAAUAUUAAUGAUUAUAAAUAGAAUCUUAAGUUUCGCUCCUAACAACUAUAAAUAUAUAUAUCUACAAUAGUCAAUCUUACUACUUCACUUUUGUAAUACAAGAUUUAAAAACAAAUCCUUUAAUUUAGAUCUCACAAUAACAAAAAAAAACAUUAAUGAUUCGAGUUUGAAAUGCAAGAUAAUAUCCAGAAUUGGAUGUAAAGUUGAGUAAAAAAAUUUUUGCACAUAACACGAAACCAUCGAGUACAAAAAACCAAUUUUAAAACAUACAAAAUACAUAAUUAUAGUUAUCGAAUAAAGAGCGUCUGAUUCUCUGAAAUAUUUGAUAAAAAAAGGAGCAUAAAGUCUCAUUUAAUGUUGUUCCCAGCAUUAAUUAAACGAUUCUUUCUCAUAAAUAAGAUUUUAAUUUAUGUUGAAGCAAGAAAUAAUUGAGCGUGGUUUCUUGGUAUGUGAUAAACCUUUCCAUCUUAUGCUAGUGUUUAGUUCCAGUUCAUAAAACUUUUUAUUUUUCGUCAUGAUCGUCAAGUCCUUCAAGAAUCAUUAAAUAUAUUAUAAAAUAUUGAGAUUUCUUUUUGUUAAAUAAAUAAAAUUGUAAUUUUUUAAAAUAUCUUUUUUAGGUAAUUUGGUAUUAAUUAAGUAAUUAUUUGUUUAUCCUCAUUUAUAAGUCACAAUCUUUUUCUUUUGUUUAUUUAAGAAAUGUUAAGUUAGAUGCUAAUGUAUAUUUUUGCAAGA